AUGGAUUGUUUUGAAAAUGAAAAGCAAUCAACUUUAGAUAAUUAUGUUAAACGACAAUCGCAAGAAAUUCAAGCCAAAAAAACACAAGCAGUUAUGGAAUGGAUAAUUUUAGAUAUGCAAGCAUUCAAAGUAGUAGAAGGAGAAGCAUUUAAUAAAAUGGUAUCAAUACUUGAUCCACAAUACCAAAUACCAAGUGAUGAAAUUGCUAAAAAAAUUUAUAAUAUACUUGUAGAAUUUGGGUUAGAAACUAAAACUUUAGGAAUAACAACUGAUAAUGGUGGUAAUAUGAUUCGUGGUGCAAAUAUUUUAAAAUCAAAAAUAUCAAAUAACUUUAUUCAUUAUCGAUGUGUAGCUCAU